UCUCAGUUAUAUCUACGACACUUUUCGCCCCUAAAGCUUGUGCUUAAAUUUUCAAUACAUCCAUUAAUAGUUCCGAUAUCGUAUAAUGUACAAGUGCACCCAAUGCGGUGCGACAAAGAGGCGGCUCAGGUCUGAACCGGUGUACGAGUGUCGACGAAGAGCGACUGGCCCCGAGCAGCAGGAGGGCGAGAGGCUGGGUGUCUCGGAUAACUGCAGUGCCUGCCAGUGCUUUGUCUUCUUUACCCAACUGAGGGGGCACCCAGAGCCGCCAGUAGAUCGCUCCAUUUUUAACCCAGCAAGACCAGUGAGGAUGUCCGAAAAUGGGAAUGGGCACCCAAUGCCCAUCGUACCAAUGCCUAGGAACCGCCAGGAACCGGAAUCUGAUUCGGCAGAGUCUUCAGAUGAUCUGAGCGAAGAAAGGGAGCGCAAGACCAGCGGCAUCUCUCUGCACAAGGCCAUGGUGGUUUGCACCCUAAGAGGCACUUAUAAAAUUUCCCAGAACAUGGACAGGCGCAAGACUAUGCGACGGCUGGCCAGAUUUUGCCUAAAAAUCAAUCAUAAACUGAAGAAGACCCAGAAGGAGCUGCAGGAGCUGAAACAGGUGGAGAAGCAGCAGCUUCGCGCACUGGCCCGGCAGGAUCGCAAGAAGCGUCACAAUGCUGGAACUCACUUCGAGCUGAAAUCACCAUCGAUAUGGAAGGGCAAGGAGCUGGAGCGGAUCUUCGGAGUGGCGGCUUCCUGCAACGACAAAGACAAUCCUCGGGCCGAUGCACUGCUAUUAUCGCUCCUGAAAUCGAUGCAGAAGCAAGUCGAAAGCAAGGAUCAGCCUAGAGUAGAGGCACACUCGAAGAUGAUGCAACUGAAGCGGAGCCACUAUCAGCGCAUCGCUCAUGAUCCCACAAAGGUCGUUCGUCUGGCGAAACGCCCCAACUGGUCGACGCCAUUAAAGGUGAAGGGGCCGCCCUUGGGUGCUCAGUUUAAUACGGUGCCCGUCACGCACAAGGAGCUUCUUAGCGUGUUCACAGAUAAAUCACACCUGCUCACGGACACGGGCCCCAAGGAGAUGAUCACCAGCUGCAACCCCGUUCACUGCCCCGUCGAGCAGUGCCACCGAGUGUUCUUCCCAUCGGACCUCCACACCCAUCUGAUUUACGACCACCAGACGCUGAACGUGGAACGAGUCGGCCUGCGACAGACCAAAACGCUCUACCUGCACCCCAAGUUCGCGAAGCUCAAUGAGGCCACAAGCAUCAUGUUGUACCAGGUGAAGGACAAGAUCAUCGGCAGGACUAAGGGCGUUCGAUUUGGCAAUCUGCUGCCAGUGCUGCUCAUGGCAGCCCGAACGCGAUACUCCGACGUGAUCGGCUUAAACAAACAGACGCCGGAGGAGAUUCUUCUCGUCUGGCUGUGCAGCUUCCGACCCACCAACAUUCGGAUCUUCGGCACUGUAUCCGUCGCGUCCUCGCGCCCCAACAUGCCGGACACCCUUUCGGCAUUGACAGCCCAGCCCUACGACAUUCGCGACCCCCGAACCAUGGCUGCCCUAUUCCAGAGUCCCUCCGUAAUGUUUGUACCGCACGCCCAGCUCCAGUGCAUGACCCGCUGCGGCAAAGACGUAAUCACCGUCCAAGUUCACUUCCAAUAGGAAGAAACCGUCUUUCUUUAUUGCAUUUGAGUUUAUUACAAAACAAAUUGUUAGAAUGUUAAAUUAUACUAAGUUGUGGGUGGAAUACCUUAUCCAA